AUGAGUAUCACUUCAGUCCAUGAAGUAGAGGAACAGCUCCAGUACAUUUCCUUCUAUGCCUGGUUCAAUGUUCAGUGGGAAGACGAAUUUCUGACUUGGAACGAGACAGAAAAUUCCGGAAUAGAAAUGAUAGUUGUGCCUUUCCAGAAAGUUUGGGUUCCAGAUUUAUCCAUUUAUAACUCCGAAGAUAACCUCUAUGAAACUGGGGCUCAUUCUUUUGUUACGGUGAAAUCCAACGGUCAAUUGAUUUGGUUUCCAGGAGGAAAGUUCGUUGUCACUUGUGAACUUAAGAUGAAGAAUUUUCCAUUUGAUAAACAGACAUGUACCAUAAUAGUUUCUCCUUGGCUAUUAACCGAUUACAUGCAAAGACUUAUUCCAACACAAAGACCUAGUUACAAUUUAAACAACAUAUCAGAAAAUGGAGAAUGGGAAUUUACGAAGUUUUCAUACAGUUUAAUAUAUGAUAAAGAGUUUGAUCAGACAUUGUUGAUUUACGAGCUUCACCUAAAACGACGGUAUCUUUACUUUGUUCUCACUACAUUAGUACCCAUCAUUGCAAUGGCUGUUUUAAGUUCUAUGACAUUUGUCAUCCCUCUAGAAUCAGGGGAAAGAAUCCAGUAUUCACUUACCCUUUUACUGGCUUUUACUGUCUUUUUAACACUAUUUGAACAAACGAUGCCUCAGAAUUCUACAGACGUGCCCUAUCUUUCUGUGUAUGUUGGUUUCCAGUUGCUUCUUUGUGUUAUGUCGACGAUUGUUUCCGUUGCAACUACAUCAAAGAAGCAUAAAUAUAAACCAAAAGAAACUAAAUCUAACAAUGGAUUGAGUGUCCCCCAGAGUAGACAUAAAGCCGUGAAUGGUAAUCCAGACAACACACUGGACACCAAUGUCCGAGAGUUCGACUAUGAGGACCAUUCUUACAAUGAAGCUUCGGACGAAAACGCCUUUGAGUGUAGAACAAACUGUGCAAUGAUUUUAAUCAACAGCGUUCUGCAAUUUCUGUCAACUGCUAUCUUGUUUGUGUUGUUCUGGAUUUAA